GCAUUCUUCUGUUGUGUAGAAAGCAAAUCCGAAAUCGCCGCUAUGCUUUCUCGUCCGGGAAAUGUUGUACCGACCACUCGUCCGGACGAGUUCUUUCUCGUCAGCAUCGCCGACGAAAGAACUGCCGCCUUUGCGACUGAAAAGUAG